CGAGCAACCCACAGAGAGUUGAUAAAGCAGAGCUAAGAGAUUUUCUUCGUUGAUCUUUUUGUAGAGAAAAAUAACGGGGGGUUUUCAAGUUCUUAUGCUGCACAAUCCAUGGCUGAGAGGAGAUGAGAGGAGGAUGAUCUAGUGGGAAGCAAAGAGAAUCUGAAGGUUAAUGGAGAAUAAGCUGAGUUAAGGAUAGAGGAUUUUGCUGGAAAUCAAUUGAUUGAUUCCUUCUCUCUCUUUACUUGAACCCAGUAAUGGGUAAGCAACAAUCCUUGCGCAGCAAAGCAGUCCAUUUUGUCUCCGAUAUCACCACCGUUCUUCUUAACCCAAUCUCUGACAAACCUUCCGCUACAGCCUCUACCCAUCCUCAACAUCAUCAUUCACCUGAAGAUGCGACUGACCUUAAAGACGACAGUGAUCUAGGGUCAGCUAGUGAACAGGGUUCCGAAUAUUCGGAAGAUGGCCCUGAUACAUCUUCGUUUACUGCAUUCCUAUAUUCCCUCCUGUCAUCCUCAGAAUCGCAGGAAAACUUGAACUCCGAUGAAAGAAAUGAUAAUCAGGCAGAAGCAGGCACAUCAAUGAACAAUGCUGCAAAAGAAACUGUUACGAAAAAGAGCUUGUUUUCUAGGGGGAAACAAUCGCUUGGUAGAGCUUUUCAUCAUGCUGCAAGAAUCACUGGACACCGAAAUCAGGAUUGGAAGAGUGAUGUUGACUUGAAAGUUAAUGAUUCUAAAUUUUCUGGAAUUGAGAUGAUGGAAAAGACAAAUGUAAGUGAGGUUCCUUCGUCAGUUUUUGUCCCUGAUGCAUCUGAACCUUCAGUGCUUCUUUCAGAAAAAACUAGAACUGUUCUUUAUGCCUCCCUUCCAGCUCUUGUCCAGGGAAGGAAAUGGCUUUUGCUAUACAGUACGUGGAGGCAUGGGAUAUCUCUUUCAACUCUAUAUAGGAGAAGUAUGCUUUGGUCUGGAUUCAGUUUGCUGGUUGUUGGUGAUCGGAAAGGUGCUGUAUUUGGUGGCUUGGUGGAGGCACCGUUAAAACCAACCAGCAAGAAAAAGUAUCAGGGAACCAAUAAUACUUUUGUUUUCACAAGUAUUCCUGGCCAUCCUGUGAUUUAUCGCCCCACAGGUGAAAAUUACUAUUUCACAUUGUGCUCUCCCGAUUUCUUGGCCAUUGGCGGCGGUAGCCAUUUUGCACUCUAUCUGGACAAUGACCUAUUGAAUGGAUCGAGCUCUACAUCAGAGACAUACGGGAAUCCUUGUCUUGCUAAUACUGAAGAAUUUGAAGUGAAGGAAGUUGAGUUGUGGGGCUUUGUAUACACCUCAAAGUAUGAAGAAAUGCUUGCUUUGAGCAGAACCGAAGCACCUGGGAUUUGUCGAUGGUGAUCGAUUUUCAAAUACAGCUAAACUGCAACUUUGCUGAAUGAAUCGACAUCCUGUGGAGAUCUCGUGGCCGUCUUGACAAUUAUAUGAUGGGGAAGGCAGAUGAACUAAUUAGAAAGAUGAGAAUGUUGAAUGUGAAUGCCUUCUCCAUACUUGUACAAAAAAACUUAACAUUUGUACAUAUAAACAUGUGAGUUGUUUCAUUUUGCCUGGUUCUAUUAUUACGCCCAACUCUGUUUAAAGUUCAUUGUUUUGUUGGGAUAUCAUAUUCUGAGUAUAUAUUAUGAAUGAUUGCCCUUUUGCUUC